CUCUGAUGACCUUCCACCAAUCUGAGUCACUUUAAAUACCCUCAGCUUGCCUGUCCGCUUCUCUACCUAAUCCUACAUAACUCAACAUGAAAUCCAACUUCAUUGCCAUCUGCACCAUUGCUGUUGCGCUUGCUGCUCAGGCAGGAGCUGCAAGCCUCAUGCCCGACAUGGGUGCCAUGUCCGCCCUUCCACAAGACGUUAUGGAAUCAAUGAACCCAGCAAAUCUUCUCGGUUCUGGCACUGCUGAGCCCGAAGAUGCUCAAGACUUUGCUAAGAGAGAUCUUUCAAACCGGGGCCUCCUCGCUGCCGCCUUACCGCUGGCCACCUUUGCCUCCAGUGAAACUAAAGAUGUUCCACUUCUUCAAGGUCUUAUCAAGAGAGACGAGGAUCAAUCAAUCAAUGUUGACCUCGACCUUACGGAUGACCUGGAGAAGCGUGGCUUACUCGCUUCCGCUCUCCCCGUGAUAACCUUGCUCAAGAGCGAAACUGGAAAUGCUCCACUCACCAAAGGCCUUUUGAAACGCGACCUGUUUUCUAGCCUACCAGUUCUCUCUGAUCUUCCCUUGGGUGAAGAGGGUCUUCCCAUUGUUGGAUCCGUCCUGAAGAGGGAUUUACUUUCGAGCCUACCAGUUCUCUCUGCUCUUCCCUUGGGUGAGGAGGGUCUUCCCCUCGUUGGAUCCGUCUUGAAGAGGGAUUUACUUUCGAGCCUACCAGUUCUCUCUGCUCUUCCCUUGGGUGAGGAGGGUCUUCCCCUCGUUGGAUCCGUCUUGAAGAGGGAUUUACUUUCGAGCCUACCAGUUCUCUCUGCUCUUCCCUUGGGUGAGGAGGGUCUUCCCCUCGUUGGAUCCGUCUUGAAGAGGGAUCUUCUCUCAGAUGUUGUACCCAUGGAAUUAGUGAAUGACUCCCUCGGCUCCCUUACUGGCUUCAAGAAGGUCCGACGUUCAUCUCGCGAUUAGGCGAAACUGCUUUGCUAUGGAAGGGACAUUAGCUAGGCUAAUCUCUUAUAUUUCCAGUUGUCCUCCGUCUUGUAUUGCGUCUUUCUAUUUAUUGUUUGUAGCCUGCGCUGUCAAGCCCUAUGGCUAUCUCUAUGUCGCUACAUCCUGCAUGUAUCUCUUCAACUUGAUGUGGCAUUCACCCCAUUUCCACCCGAAAUAAUUCAAGUAGUAAUCUUCACUAUCGAGGAGCUUGGAAGUACCCCAUGACUUCAUGGUGGUGCCACAGAAAUGGCCUCAACCGAUCGCUGCUCGUUGAUUGCCCUCUUGCGGAGCAGUUUACAUAAUAUCUUUUCGGUUUCAAUAUCAUCGACUUCCGAUUUGCGCAUUUAUCAUACCUAUAGAAUCCCGGCGUGUGCUCCUGUAUGCUCUGACUUCUGCUACUCAAUGAAUUAUGAUCUACUUGGAUCUCGA